AUGCCCCGAUUCCUUGACCUUGCUUUCACCUUUGGAAAACAGGUGUCAGAAGAGGACUUUCACUACACUGCGUUCAACGAAGAGAACUUUCUUGAUGUCUCUGACGCCAAGAGGCACUGUAUCCCCAGACUGGGAAGAUCGGGCCAAGAGAUCAGGCACUGUUUCAAUCUCUGGUCGGUCGAGAAAUCAGAUCGCCCUCCGUACUGGUCAGUCCGGCAGACUGCGGUGUGUCACUCUUUCGACGUGUGCACGGGACGUAACGUCUGGAUCAACAUCAAGGGAAAUGACCUAAUGCAAGAGCGUAUCACACAAGCCGUAAGCUCAAUCAGCCAGAUGCAGCCUGGCUCGCGCGAGACAACCAGUGGUUCCUUCUCUGCAUCUCUUCUGACGCUUCUCAUUGUGUUGGAAUGGAGUGGCGAGAAUUGGAAAACACUGAUCAACGAUCUGGAAGGCAAGCUGAGCGAUCUACUGAAGAAAGCAAAAAAUUACCCCUUCAAGAAAAUCGAGGAAGUGCUGAGCCUGGAUCCGGAUUCUCUCCUUCAGCAUCUGACCUCCACUGCAGCAACAACCGGGAAAUUGCCUCGCCGGACUGACUCUGCUGUCUAUGCCAAGUCGCCCUCAAGAGCAGACACCUUUCGCAGCGUCUUGUCGUCAGUCACUCCGACACGGAUCCUGAGUGGGUUCUCUAAAGCGUCAACCAGCGUGGACGCAGAAACACAGGAUGCUCCAGAACUGAUUGAAACCAAAACCCCACCGGAACCGCUCAAGCCUGUUCUAAAACCGUCGACACUGCAACAGCCACAAUUCACUCCCGGGACUGUUCAUGAAAGCAAGUUCAGUGUCCUGCAGGAAUUUAGUGUGGACGGGCUACAGAAACUCACAGACAUUGCGACAAGACUCCAUGAACUAAAACUUGUCAUGAAGCUGAAUGUGGACGUCAUCCGCGAGAUAACGGACUACUAUAAAAUGUUGGCUGAAAGCAAUGACAUGCCCGUGGAUAUCAAGCAGGACUGCGCCGCAGACCUAAACGGCUUUUUCCGACGAGCGAGGGCAGUCACCAGAGGCCUGGAGAUGGAGCAGUCUCGAUCUGAGACUCUCAUGAGAAUGUGCGAGGAUGGCAAGUGGUUGUUUGAUCAUAUUCUCCAAUUUCGCAACACAGAGUUCAGCAAACUCUUUGCCAUCAAUGCUCAUCAGAGCGGCAAGCAUGUGGAGAUGAUGACCAACGACAUGCACCAGUCGAGCCUCGAGAUGGAGGCGAUGACGAAGAGCAUGAAGAAGGUCGCAGAGAAGACGGCGAUACAGACUUCGUCCAUGCACAUCAUCACAUUGGUCACACUGUUCUUCCUUCCCGCUACAUUUGUCGCCACCUUCUUCAGCAGCGGGGCAUUUCAGUGGGACCAGAACGACCCAGACGGGUCAUCAAUGCCAUUCUGGAAACCGGAAUUCUUCACUUUGUUUUCACUAAUUUGCUUUCCUAUGACUGGGGCCAUCAUCUGUGUUUGGUGGGCUCUGUACUGGUGGAACAACCGCAUGAGGCGCCAGCACAGCCAAGGAGACGAGGAGCAACAGCAGACUGUCUGA